GUAUGAAUACAAGCAAGAGUGAGACAGUGAAAGAGCAUCCAUUAAAACCCUCUAGAAGAUCUAUGCCAUGCCUAGCCCAGAGCCAAACACAUCCUCAGAGUCUGAGCAAGCACUCGUCUUUCCUGCAGCCAACCCGUGUGCAGCUGCAGCCCCGGCCACAGGCUCUGAGUGCAGGCACAUCUACAGCUACGGUGGAUGUAGUGUCAGAACGAGCUAAAGUGAUGGAGACUUUGGAAAACAACUUGCUUAAGCUGUCUAAUACAGAAUACAGUGAUCCUUUUCUAGAAGUAGGAAAGGACAAAGACACAUAUACAGACGAUUCAGAACAUGCAAAUUAUGAUACUCGUACAGAUCAGUCGUUGCUCAUUCAGAACAAGCUUACCAGGCAGAAAACAGAACCUCGGAACAAAUCGUCUCUAAAG